AUGGCUCCCAGCGAUGGUACCUUCUUUGGUACCGGCAAAUCUCCGAGCCCCGUGACGUCCUCUAAGGCAGCAGACUCUGACCCGUCUAAGAAGUUGUGGAUAUCUGCAGCCCCCUGUGGCCCCUCGCAAGAACGGUUUUCUAGCAUGUCGGCCUCACGGAUCAUGUCAUCUGAGAACUGGGGAGACCCCCCGUUAAGGUCGAUCGCCCCAAGCACGUCUUUUGGGGUACUUUCCUCUACUCGAGGAGUAUCAGCCUCGGUCUCCCUCUCGACCCCCCUACCUUGGGGCGGAGUGACCUCACCCCCUUCUAGUUUGGGAGCUUCGGCUAAGAGUCCCUCAUCGACCUCCUCAUGUCAGGACAGUUCGAUUUCGGCAUCUGCCGGUUCGGAGGGCCCUUGUAUCACGACACAUGCCCACACGCAGGCCACUAGCUUUAAUUGCUCUUCUUCUUCUUCUUCUUCUUCUUCUCCUUCUUCAAAUUCGUCCCUUAGCCAGCAGAUCGAGUCCGAGGAUAGAGCGCUGGUGCUUUCCUUGGGCUUGCGCGACCUCUUCUUCAGUUUUUUCUGA